GGCUGAGGAGCCCCUCCGUUUUCCACGGCCCCCACCUGCAGGGGGAGGCGGGGUCCCGCGGCGGAGUUCCGGGAAUGUGACUGCCUGGCGGCGGCGGCUGUAGCAACGUCCGGAGCCGGGGGAGGGGGUGUCUCGGGCAGAGACCCCCGGGCUCGGGGCAGCUGAGGCGGCCGGGCCUCCUCCCCCCUCCGCCCGCCUCCCGCCUUCGGGGCCGCGAGGGUCCUUCGUCCUGUACAGCCCUGCCCCGACUCUGGGACACUAGGGGUGGUCUCUGUUUCCCCCAGACCUGGGACACCCGGUUUCCUCAGGCGUGGAAGGAGCGACGCCCCCGAGUAAGCCGCCCGUGCCCCGCCCUGGCAGCCUCCCCUUUACCCUCCAGCCGCCCUUUGCUCCGUCUCGCGGCCCCUAGUUUGGCCACGGAGCCCCCCUCCCCCAUUCAUAUCCCUUCCCUGCUGUCAGGUGGCCUCCCCUUGCCCCCAGGUUGCUCCCGGGAGCCUCCAAUGCCCUGACUUCUUCCAAUGUCACCUACGGUCCCCUUAGUCUCAGCCCAAACAAAAACUUUAAUGCAGAGGAAAAGUCUGGACUGGUUUCACAGGCCUUUUAAAAAGCGGACUUAAAAGUUGCUGGCAAUGCAUUCCUUCUCGUCAGAGUCGAGGGCAAGCUCUCGCUGAGGUCUGGGUGACCCGUGUCCUUUUCCGGAGCGCACGGCAGAGAAGCAAGAGCGGCAGCUAGCUGGGCAGGAAAUUUGUCGGAAGAUGAAGAAACUAAGAUAGUGGGUGGGUGACUUCCACAGGAAAAGUUCUGGAGAAGCAUCCAGAGGCGAUCAACAUUUCCUUCAUGUUGCGGGAAUCAAAAUGACUUUAGUGUGACUUGACCCCUUUGCAGCAUCCCUGUGAAUGUUCUUCUUCUUGAAAAGACGGAAGCUUACUCAGCCAGUAAAAGACACUUAAACUCAAGCAACUUUUGGGUAGCACUGCAAUGACAUUACUUCGAACGGAUAAACUGCAGAAGUAAUCGGAACUCCUGUUUACAUAUGUCAGCCUAAAAAAACUCUGCUUCCUUUCGUUAGGGAAGAUGUCUUUUUGUGAUUGACCUCAGUUACCGACUGGUGGAGAUUCUGUGAAUGUGAAAUCCUAGACAUACUGUUUCCUCCUAAGCCCGCUGACCAUUCUGGAAGAUCUCGAACCCUCUUCUGGAAAGGGGUGCCUAUCAUUACUUUAUGGGGCAACAGCCUGGAAAAGUUGUUGGGGACCAGAGAAGGCCAAGUUUGCCUGCCCUGCACUUUAUCAAAGGAGCAGGGAAGAAGGAGUCAUCGAGGCAUGGGGGCCCGCACUGCAAUGUUUUUGUGGAACAUGAAGCCCUUCAGAGGCCAGUAGCAUCUGACUUUGAGCCCCAAGGUCUCAGCGAAGCAGCUCGUUGGAACUCCAAGGAAAACCUUCUUGCUGGCCCCAGUGAAAAUGACCCAAACCUUUUCGUUGCACUGUAUGAUUUUGUGGCCAGUGGGGACAACACCCUAAGUAUAACUAAAGGUGAGAAGCUCCGGGUUUUAGGCUACAAUCACAAUGGGGAGUGGUGUGAAGCCCAAACCAAAAAUGGCCAAGGGUGGGUCCCAAGCAACUACAUCACACCAGUCAACAGUCUGGAGAAACAUUCCUGGUACCACGGGCCCGUGUCCCGCAACGCAGCUGAGUACCUGCUGAGCAGCGGGAUCAACGGCAGCUUCUUGGUCCGGGAGAGCGAGAGCAGUCCUGGCCAGAGGUCCAUCUCGCUGAGAUACGAAGGGAGGGUGUACCACUACAGAAUCAACACUGCUUCCGAUGGCAAGCUCUACGUCUCCUCAGAGAGCCGCUUCAACGCUUUGGCUGAGUUGGUUCAUCAUCACUCGACUGUGGCCGACGGGCUCAUCACCACUCUCCAUUACCCGGCCCCCAAGCGCAACAAGCCCACCAUCUACGGCGUGUCCCCCAACUACGACAAGUGGGAGAUGGAGCGCACGGACAUCACCAUGAAGCACAAGCUGGGCGGAGGCCAGUACGGGGAGGUGUACGAAGGCGUGUGGAAGAAAUACAGCCUGACGGUGGCCGUGAAGACCUUGAAGGAGGACACCAUGGAGGUGGAGGAGUUCUUGAAAGAAGCCGCAGUGAUGAAGGAGAUCAAGCACCCCAAUCUGGUGCAGUUGCUCGGAGUCUGCACCCGGGAGCCCCCAUUCUACAUAAUCACUGAGUUCAUGACCUACGGGAACCUGCUGGAUUACCUGAGGGAGUGUAACCGGCAGGAGGUGAACGCCGUGGUGCUGCUGUACAUGGCCACCCAGAUCUCGUCAGCCAUGGAGUACCUGGAGAAGAAGAACUUCAUCCACAGAGAUCUUGCUGCCCGAAACUGCCUGGUAGGGGAGAACCACUUGGUGAAGGUAGCUGACUUCGGCCUGAGCAGGUUAAUGACCGGGGAUACCUACACAGCCCAUGCCGGGGCCAAGUUCCCGAUCAAGUGGACAGCGCCAGAAAGCCUGGCCUACAACAAGUUCUCCAUCAAGUCCGACGUCUGGGCUUUUGGAGUAUUACUUUGGGAAAUUGCCACCUACGGCAUGUCACCUUACCCAGGAAUUGACCUGUCCCAAGUGUAUGAGCUGCUGGAGAAGGACUAUCGCAUGGAGCGCCCAGAAGGCUGCCCAGAGAAGGUCUACGAACUCAUGCGAGCAUGUUGGCAGUGGAAUCCCUCCGACCGGCCAUCCUUUGCUGAAAUCCACCAAGCCUUUGAGACGAUGUUCCAGGAAUCCAGCAUAUCAGAUGAAGUGGAAAAGGAACUGGGGAAGAAAGGUGUGCGAGGGGUUGCGAGUACUUUGCUGCAGGCCCCGGAGCUGCCCACCAAGACCAGAACCUCCAGGAGAGCUGCGGAACACAAGGACCCCACUGAGGUGCCUGAGACGCCCCACUCCAAGGGCCCGGGAGAGACCGAGCCUCUGGACCACGAGCCUCCUGUGUCUCCACUGCUCCCUCGAAAAGAACGAGGUCCCCAGGAUGGUGGCCUAAAUGAAGAUGAGCGCCUUCUCCCCAAAGACAAAAAGACCAACUUGUUCAGUGCCUUGAUCAAGAAGAAGAAGAAAACAGCCCCGACCCCCCCGAAACGCAGCAGCUCCUUCCGGGAGAUGGACGGCCAGCCCGAGCGCAAGGCGACCAGCGAGGAAGAGGGCCGAGAAACCAGCAAUGGGGCGCCAGUCCUCACACCCUCGGACGCGGCCGAGCCAGCCAAGUCCCCAAAACCCAGCAGCAGGGCUGGCGUCCCCAACGGAGCCUUCCGGGAAUCAGGAGGUGCAGGCUUCCGGUCUCCCCACCUGUGGAAAAAGUCCAGUACACUGACCAGCAGCCGCCUAGCAGCCAGCGAGGAGGAGAGUGGCAGCAGCUCCAGCAAGCGCUUCCUCAGGUCCUGCUCUGCCUCCUGCGUGCCCCACGGGGCGAAGGACACAGAGUGGAGGUCUGUCACACUGCCUCGCGAUCUGCAGUCCACGGGGAGGCAGUUCGACUCGUCCACGUUUGGAGGGCACAAAAGCGAGAAGCCAGCUCUGCCUCGGAAGCGGGCAAGUGAGAACAGGUCCGACCAGGUGACCAGAGGCACGGUGACUCCCCCACCCAGGCUGGUGAAAAAGACUGAGGACGCAGCAGAUGAGGUCUUCCGAGACGCUGGGGAGUCCAGCCCAGGCUCCAGCCCUCCCAGUUUGACUCCAAAACUCCUCCGCAGGCAGGUCGCGGGGGCUCCUUCCUCUGGCCUUCCCCACAAGGAUGAGGUCGGGAAGUCUGGUGCCUUGGGGACACUUGUCGCAGCUGAGCCGGUGCCUGCCACCAGCAGAGCAGGGCCAGGAGCAUCUGGGGGGGCCAGCAAGGCCCCCACCGAAGAGCCCAGAGCGAGGAGGCACAAGCCCUCUUCCGAGUCCCCAGGGAGAGACAAGGGGAAGCUGUCCAAGCUCAAGCCUGUCCCGCCGCCCCCGCCACCGGCCUCCGCUGGGAAAGCCGGGAAGCCCUCUCAGAGCCUGAGCCAGGAAGCAGCGGGGGAGGCCGGUGCUGGUGGGAAAGCCAAAGCCGCGGCCGUGGUUGUGGAUGCUGUGAACAGUGACACCGUCAAGCCUGGGCCACCGGGGGAAGGCGUCAAAAAGCCUGGGCUUCCGUCCAUGCCAAAGCCACAGUCCAGCAAGCCGACAGGGACCCCAGCCAGCCCAGCUCCCGCCCCCUCCGCCUCGCCAUCAGCAUCUUCUUCCCUGGCCGGAGACCAGCCAGCCUCCACUGCCUUCAUCCCGCUCAUAUCGACCCGUGUGUCUCUUCGGAAAACCCGCCAGCCUCCAGAGCGGAUCGCCAGUGGCACCAUCACCAAGGGCGUGGUCCUGGACGGCACGGAGGCUCUGUGCCUGGCCAUCUCCAAGAACUCUGAGCAGAUGGCCAGCCAUAGCGCCGUGCUCGAAGCCGGCAAGAACCUCUACACGUUUUGCGUGAGCUAUGUGGAUUCCAUCCAGCAAAUGAGGAACAAGUUCGCCUUCCGCGAGGCCAUCAACAAACUGGAGCAUAAUCUCCGGGAGCUUCAGAUCUGCCCGGCGACAGCAGGCAGCGGCCCGGCGGCCACUCAGGACUUCAGCAAACUCCUCAGCUCCGUGAAAGAGAUCAGUGACAUCGUACAGAGGUAGCAGGAGCCAGGCGUCAGGGCAGCCGGAGCCACCGGCCGUGCCUAAGGGCUUCCCCACACCUGCCAUGGUGGCUGACACGAGACCCGUGAGUUGGGACGUUGGCCCGGGAACGCUGUGCCGGACGGAGCCAAAGGUCACAGUGGAACACAGCCCUACUACCUAUGUCUUGCGCCAGCUGUCCUCCUGCACUUUCCCCCUCCCCAGCCCGGGCUCCUCAGCCUCCUCUGUGCCGAGUUCUAUCUGUGGAGUUCCUGCUCUGUGGACUUAAACUGAGCUGUUUGGGCCAGGUGGGAAAGCAGAUGAGUAUUUCUUUUUUUCUCCUCUGGCUCUGCCUUCUCCUCCACUUACCCCAAGAACGAGUACCCUGAACAGGAAUCUUGUCACCAAGGCCUAGGAACUGUCCCCUCCACUUACCCCGUGGAGGGAGCCUAUGCAUGCCUCUUACUGUGCCUCCUGCCCUGAAGACGCGUUUCCAGAACUCCAUCCUGGAAAGUGCUGCUGGCUGGUCACUCUGUCCUCCGUCGCUGCCAGGCGCUGGGGCCCUCACGUUUCCUUGUGUGAAGGUCACCUCUUGAUUUGGGCAGGUAAAACAGGGUGCUAACCAACCGGCCUUUGGGUCCCGGGACAGGUGGGGAAGCCAAAGGGGCCCAUGGUGUGGGAAACCGUCCUUGGCAUCCAUUCUCGGUGCCUUGCUGUCUUGUGACAGGCACUGCUCACCCAGGAUGGAAAGCUUGAGUCUUAAGAGUAGCAGGGGACUGAGUACCAGCGGAUGGGAGGCAGGAGCGAUGGCCAGCGGGGUAAACAGCUGGUGCCCAGGUGGCCUGGGGCUGGGCCUAGGGAGGGCUGCUUUGGGCCCAGGACACCUUCCUUUCAGGUUUCCAGGUGCCCAAAAGAGGCACUGGGUCUUGAUUUCUGACCAGUGUCGUCCUGCACCCUUGUACUCCUCUGAGACAGAGUAGAUGCAUGCAGAGCUCUUUUCCUGUGCGACAAGCCAGUCCUUAGUUGUCUGGAGUUCUGGAAGGAUUUUGUGGCUCCGCCCUUAGCCCAGCCACCUGUGGUACAGCAGGACCUGCCGCCGGCCACCAGCACAUGGGAGGAAAAGACUGUGGAGCCAAAGCAGCAGCCCCUUUUCGCCGUGCACGAAGGGGCAGACAUCCCGUUGAAUCACCAUGAGCAACACAUAGCCGCCCGUUUCUGCUGGGGUUAUCAGGGAUGAAGACCGCAAACAAAUGAAGCCCCAGAAUGUGUCUCGAAGAGCAGGCAUUUGUCUGCUCUCCCCAGGCGGCCUGGACCAGGCUCGUGGGGCAGAAGCCCAGGCCAUCUUGAGCUUGACCUGGAGCAGCUACUGAAGAGUGGGCAGGCGCCUGCCUGGGCCUCGCGGCAGGCCCGGGAGGGACCACCUCGCACCCCCAGGGGUGCACACCUCCUCGCACCGUGACCGCACACAGGCCCCGUUUUUAUGCUCCUCACCUAGACUUGUAUUUUAUUUCCCUGGUAGAGACUGUUGCGUUUGGAUCAACUUAACGCUGUCGUCACGGCGCGUCACCUCUUUGCCCCCCCAGCCUACUGGGUUGCAGACUGGGGGAGGUGCUUGAACACCACCAGCGGCCUUUCAGACAAAGCAGAACGGACCCCCCGGGUUCCCUCAACUGCGUGUUUCCAUGAGGUACUGGCCUCUGUUCACAUGAUUUGCCACUAUAUUUUACAUUUAUACCUUGAUAUUACACUCUUUUAUAAAUGACAUGUAAAUAGUUUUCCACUAUUCUCUCUUCUCAAAUGCUUCUAGUUGUCUUUUUUUUUUUUUUUUUG